ACGCUGACCAUCCAGCCAUUGACUCCAGCUGUGAAUCGAGAAUCAGGACUCUCUCUCGUAUCAUUGGAAGACGAAGGAAAACAAUUUCUAAAUCUCUUUAAAAAUGGGUCUGACAUUCAACAUUAAGGCUAUCUGCACUCUCAGCGGCGCCCUCAAACUCGUAGAAAUUACCCUGGCCUUCAUCUGCAUCGCCCUUCUGCGCCAGUACGACCUGCACUUCGGCGCCGAGUCGUGGCUCAACGCCCAGUCCCUCGUCGACCGCAAACUCGUGGGCGUGAUCGCUAUCGGGUCCUCGAUCCUGAUAUCCCUCCCGCUGCUCAUCGCCUACGUCUUCUUCGCGCAUUCGUCAAACCUCCUGGAGGUCCUCUACUGCUUCACGGCCUGUGUGAUGAACGUGGCCGGCGGCGCCAUGGCCAUCGAGAACUACCAGGGCCAAGGAGACAACGAGACCGUCAAAGCAGGAAUGGCCAUGGGGUCCCUCAUGAUCAUCAACGCCUUGGCCUACCUCAUCGACGCCGGCACAGGAACCAUCGCCAACAGGAAGUAAGUUGCUGGCGUGGCGGAGGUGGAGAUAAGAUCAGAGAAGUGAGAUAAAGACAGAUAAAACGUAGAUGAAGAGGAGUGGAUUUGUAUUCAGAAAAGGAAGAUCAUUUUAAAUUGGAAUUAGGAAUAGGGUUAAAGAAUUGAUAUGUUGAAUAGAUGGAUUAUGUGGUUUUAUAAAAAUGGAUUAAAGAGAUAAGGAUAUAAGGAUAUAAUUGUAUGUAUAUUUUAUAUGAACUGUGUUUAAUAGUGAGAGGAGUCGUAUGAUUCAGAACUGCAUUUUAAGAAAUAGUAAUAAUCAAUAACAUUAAAUUUAUAUAGAAUAAUUAAAAAAAGUUACGAGCUAUAUUUAAGAUUUUUUUCAUUAACAGUACAUGAGCAAGAGUAUGUAUAGAAAGUCUUAUAAUUUUAUGUGAAACCUUUGUAAUGAAAACAAAAUGGAGUCUCAUGUGAUUUUUAUAUUUUAUGAAUUUUGUAAUUUUUAAAAGUCUAAUGUGAUUUUUUUCAUGUUUAAUUUUUCACUAAAAUUAAUAUUCUUAUAUUGUUUUAAAAAAAGUAUCCAUCCAGUAGUUAUAUAAGGUAUAUAUUUAUAUAAGACAUACGCACAAAGCGAUGAAUAAAGUACUUUUAUCAAAGUGAGGAUCAUAGAUUUUUUUUUUUAAAUGUUAAGACCAACCAAAUACAAACAUGUAAUGAGAUAUAUACUAUGGACAAUACACCUAUCAUUGUGUACGCUCUCAAACUUUAAUCAAUGAAUUAACCUCAAUUCUCUUUGCAAUUUCAGUGCAUGAGUUGCAUUCCGGAAGUUGCAACACCCACCUCCUCCUCCCCCUCCCCUUUACACCUGCCUGCAUGCAUGCUUUCCUUGCACUUGAAAGACAACGGGGCAUGUUUGACUGAGGGAGACACCGGGAGAUGAAGCGUUUGGAAUUUCGAACGUCUUUUGAAUUUGGUGACCUUACGACGGUUUUGAUUUGGGGGGGGGCGAAUUUUUGAAUUAUGAGACUGAUUGGAACUUUUUGAAUCAGAGACUGUGCCGUUUUUUUUUUUUUUUUUUUUUCAUUUUGUUUUUGUUUAGAGAAAGAGAGACUGUGUGUGUAAAAGAUGGCAAAAAAAAAAAAAAACUUUUUUUUUUUUUUUACGAUACCGUGUUGACAGAUAAGGUCGCUUAAAGCAUGAUCUGUCUUUGCAUGUUUUAAAGGCAUGUUUCCAUCAGUUAAAUAACUUUCUCAUUUAAAAAUCUUGCCAAAAAAAUAAAGUUCCCCUUUUAGUCCUGAUAAUGCAUGGAUAUUAAUUCCGAAUUUCAGUUAACAGAAGCUCGAUAUGAUAAGGUUUUGUCACCAAACUUGAAUACGUAUUUAUACAAAUCGUGUUUCCUUAUUAGAUAGGUUAUGAACAUUGAUGAUCAAUAUAUCAUUAAUGAGCAAAAUUACACUGCCAUCCAAAUUUACAAUAUUUAAUUAUAUAAAUUUUAAUAUUACAACGAUAGAGUGAAUUAUUUCAUCUCUGUCAGUAGCAUAAGGAGAAUUUUAGGAAUUAGUUAUUUAACUGUAGCGUUAUUUUCACUGCCUUUUCGACUCCUAAACCAAUGAAUAUUUUUCUUUAAGGACCAAAACAUAAAAUAAAUAUUUGGUUGGUGGAUUUCAUUUACUUUGAUGUCAGAUUGUACCGUGCCUGAUGUGUGUUUUUUUUUUUACUGAAAAAGCCUGGAGCUAUUAUUAAAAUCUUUCUCUUGGUGGUCACGUUGCACAUACUUUUUUUUAUGAAAUUCAAAGUAAGAAUUUUGCACUGUAAUUUAGAGGGAAACUGUACUUGCUUUUUGACGUUAAGAAACAGAAGAUCUAACUGAAAAUACUUAGAUUGUACCUUAUAGCAUUUUUUUUUCCUUUUCGACGGCAACUACCGGCAUGAUUGUUCGGAUUUUCGGAAAGCUUGUAAAUUUAAAAUAGUUUGUGGUAAAGUGCUUGUCAGGAGCCUGAGUUUCCCGCUAAAAUACAGCAUAGCCUUGAAUCACCGUUUUCAUUUACAUCAAAUUAUUUCCUAUUUUCGUCAUCCUUUCUCUUUUUUACUGUUUGCCUGUGAAUCGUUCUGAAUUUCGAUUGUGUUUUUUGUUGUCCUGUCUGUCUGUCUGCUGAAUUUCCUCACUGUUUUACGUGCCGAGAUGACAAGUACGCUUAUCCAAAAGCACAGGGGUAACGUGCGUACAGCCUUUGCUUCCAUGAUCUGCAUAAACUCCCCAUUACUAUGAUUUAUUUAUGCAGUUAACCAAAGUCAUUCAGGUGAUAUUGUGCCUCUUGGGUUAACAGAUAGAGAAAAAGAUUCUCCAACAAGUAAAUAAGACACACGGUUUACGAUAUAUAUAUAUAUAUAUAUAUAUAUAUAUAUAUAUAUAUAUAUAUAUAUAUAUAUACAUAUAUAUAUUAUGUACACAGAGUUCAUGAGUUAUGGGGUCAAGUUUCCAAUCACAGCUUACAUUAUAGCAAAGUGUGCUGAUCUAUAGGUUACAGUAAUUUUAUUUUUGUACAUGUAUGUGAAAAAAAAAGAUGUAGCAUUUUCCAGUAGUAUAUAUGUAGGAAUAAUCGCCAAAGUGAAAUAGACUAUAAAUGGCUAAUGUUUGAACCAGUCACAGAAAUACAUACGAAACACAACGCAAAAUCUUUGAUGUUUGUAAACAUUUUGUAUAUCUUUUGUUUUGACCAAAGAGAGCAGACAUGUCAUGCUUUUUUUUACGUUUCUGGAGAUUUUUUUUCUUUUGUCCAAUAAAAAAGUAACUGUAA